CGAAACGCGCAUGGGACCUGAGCUCCCGGCUUCAGCCUUGUAGCCCGGGUACUAGUCCCCGGGUCCAUACAGAGUAUACGGAUGCUUUUGGGUACCCAUCGUGGAGUCAGAGACCCCAGAAGGGACAGGGGCGCACCGCCCCACCCAGCUGGGCUGAGGAGAGGGCGCAGAGCCAGUCAGUUUCAGGAAGGAAGCUUGAAGCGGAGGGCUACGGAGCCCGGGCUCCUGACCUCCAAGCGCGGCCGAUGAAGGCUACAUUUUGGAACUGGAAGCUCAGACAAAAAGAAUUCGUUUGCACCACCAGCAAGGAGCUCAGCUAUGUGGACUCCCACCCGGAGGCAACUCUGCUUGGCAUUCCUGUUGGUCUGUGUGCUCUCUGCCGGCUCCUUCUUUUUCCACCUGAAUGGAAGAAACUUCUUUCGAAAUGGUCUAACUCUCUCUGUCCUGUGUUCAGACUAUCACCUGCUGAAGUCCCCAGUGACCAUGGUAUGCCUACCUCAUCCAUCGCAGACAUCCAAUGGCUCCCCUUCCUGUCCUGAGCAGUCCUCCUCGCUCUCUGGGACUUGGACAAUCACCCCAGGAGGCAGGUUUGGUAACCAGAUGGGGCAGUAUGCCACAUUGCUGGCCCUAUCCCAGCUCAAUGGUCGCCAAGCCUUCAUCCAGCCUGAGAUGCAUGCCGCCCUGGCCCCUGUGUUCCGAAUCUCCCUGCCAGUGCUAGACCCUGAGGUAGACAGCCUCACGCCUUGGCAGCACUUAGUCCUACAUGACUGGAUGUCAGAGGAGUACUCCCACCUGGAGGACCCAUUUCUUAAGCUGUCUGGUUUCCCCUGCUCUUGGACCUUUUUCCACCAUCUUCGGGAACAGAUUCGUAGGGAAUUCACUCUGCAUGACCACCUACGGGAAGAUGCCCAGCACCUGUUGAGCGGGCUCCGUAUAGGCCCGGUGGGCAUCCGCCCUCACACCUUUGUAGGUGUCCACGUGCGUCGUGGAGACUAUCUGAAGGUGAUGCCCAAUCGCUGGAAGGGUGUGGUGGGUGACCGAGCUUACCUCCAGCAAGCCAUGGACUGGUUCCGGGCCCGGCACAAAGACCCCAUCUUUGUGGUCACUAGCAAUGGCAUGAAAUGGUGUUCAGAGAACAUUGACACAUCCCAUGGUGAUGUGGUCUUCGCUGGCAAUGGACAGGAGGGUACACCGGGGAAGGACUUUGCACUUCUCACACAGUGUAACCACACCAUCAUGACUAUUGGCACCUUUGGCUUCUGGGCUGCCUACUUAGCUGGUGGAGACACUGUCUACCUUGCUAACUUCACCCUGCCAGAUUCGGAGUUUCUGAAGAUCUUCAGGCCUAAGGCUGCCUUCCUGCCUGAGUGGGUGGGCAUUAACGCAGACUUGUCCCGGCUACAGGCUCACCUUGACUCCUGGGAGCCAGACAGUCUUUUUAGAUUGUUCUGACUCAUCAAGAGUCAGCCAUCCAUGUCUUGAUGCUUUGGAGUACGGCUGUGGUAGUCCUGGAGCUGGGGGUGGGGUGGGGUGGGGGGUGGGCACUCAUUUCCAGACUUGCAGAUGAGCUUUUUGGAAAUGUUGGGAUGCUUUGCAGACAUUUCAACAGGAUAUCAUUUUCUGAUGGCAGGGGAAGCCCAAGUCAGCACUGUGAGCCACAGUCUCUUCCGACUCUCCUGGCUCACCUUCUUAGAACCUUUGGGCAGCUGCUUCUGGGUUAGGGAGGCUGAAGAAGAUCCAGACUUCCCAGCUGGCCUCCUGGAUUUCUGUGCUCAUUCUAGGCUGUUUCUGAGAGCCUGGUCCAAUCCCCAUGCAGCACACCCCAGGGCCCUCCCAACACUCCAGACAGUGAAGAAUGUAAUGAAGGUGGAUGCAAAAACUGUUUGCGGGAGCAGGGUCUCCUAAAAGAUCUAGGAACUUUUAAGAAAGCAGCUCAAAAGUUAAAGAACUGCACAGAUUAGUUCUGAAUUUAGGAUCAAGGAGGUCUCUUCUUCUGGAGAUGCUAUAGGGGAUCUGGGAUCUGUUUUCUAGAGGUAAUCAGGCCUACAGAAAAGAAGGGCAUGCCCCUGGGCUCGCAAAGUCCCUAAAUCUGGCUCUGAGAAGAUCUAGGGUAAAGGGUCUGAAGGUGUUUCAGGACCCCAAACCCAGCCUAUGCCCUGACAGAAGCACAUGCUUGAAGCAAGGAUGGGACAUUUGGCUGAGAUCAGGUACGCUUGAUGCUUUUUCAAGAAUGGAGGAAGUUUCCUCAGAUAGUAUUUCAUGUAAUUGUAUUCCCUUCCAAGACCAACUUCUAUUCUUCUCAGGGAGUUUCCGGGCACCUUUUCCCAACUUGGCCUGUACAGGCUGGAGAGAGGGAGCUGUGAAUUAAAGGGCCACAUCACCAAUACAUGUAUCUGAUGUGUUUGGAGCUGUGUACUGCAAAUGUGAGUGUGCAACACAAUAAAGGUGUGUGUGUGUGUGUCGA